UUUUCGUAUCUUAUCGAUCUAUGAAUCGUCCCUACGAUCUAGAAUAGAAAGUGUUGCAACUUUGAAUGUAACCUAGAAGACCAUAUCACGAAUCAUUGGAAUCAUAUUGUUGCAGUUCAUACAAAAGUGCGAGAGUUAAAAAUAUGUGCAACUUUUGAAGAAAGUGGUGAAAAUGCAAAGAAACCGAGGAUUCUAUAACGAUAAUGACACAAAACCCACCUUUGAACGCCAGGAAACAAUACAAGAGCCGGAGGAAGAUGCCUCUUGGAACAUAUUCGAAGAUACUCCAAGAAAACCAGACACAGGUUCAAGCAAUGAUUCUGAAAAAUACGAGUUUAUGGUGAAAUCUCUCAAAAUAGUGGCGUACAUAGUUGUUUUUCUCGUCGUUCUCUCUAGUGCAGUAGUAUCAAAGGGGACGCUUUUGUUGAUGACAUCACAAGUGAAAGCGAAUACAAUAAGACCGUUCUGCAAUCAAAGCUUGGACGUAGAAAGAAAAUUUACCGUUGAAUUACCGAAAGAGGAAAGAGUUGUUUGGAUAUGGGUACUAGUUUUCGUUUACUUCAUACCUCAGUUUGGAACAUUCUUUAGGUCAUUACGCGUGUGCCUAUUCAAAACAUGGAAAAAGGAUAAUUUACUGGAGAUGUUUCUUCCACUUUUCAUUACUGAAACUCUACCAGCCAUAGGUAGUGCAAUUCUAGUCUUUUGUGUCUUACCUGAAUUGGAUGUCCUUAAAGGAGCUAUGCUCACUAACGCAUUCUGCUUCGUACCGGCAGUUAUAGCGUUUAUAUCCAGAAAUCCCGAUAACGUGAAGAAAAUUGACGCAUCAACAGUGAUGAUCUUGGACUUUCUUUGCAUUCUGGCACAAUUAACAUCCUUCUUCAUGUGGCCUUUAAUAGAACGGAAUUCGACGUUGAUCCUAAUACCAAUUUCUGGAAUCUUCAUCUCGUUCGGUUGGUGGGAGAAUUAUGUAGACGAAAAUGCCAAGUUUGAAUUUAUUCGAAAGUUGGCCAUUGAUAGAAGAGUUUUCGAUAAUAAGACUUAUUUCCUGUACAUAUUCACCUCUAUCACCAAUUGUCUUAUCUUUUUCGCCACAACUGUUGUGAUUUUCUGGAUGAAGGAGGGAGAAUUCAAUUUUCUUUUCGAAAAUUUCGAUGACGCAUUUUCCAACAGAUUGAUCAACGUAACUGAGGUUAAAAUGUAUGUGGAAGAAUUGUCCCCAGCAGGCUUAGAUGACACAUUCACUACUAUCAACCCAACUGUAGAAGCCAACGUAUGGACCCCCCUGACCAUCCUUAUAAUCAACUUCCUUUCUUCCUAUAUAUGCUAUGCAUUCACAAAAUUCGCUUGCAAAGUUUCAAUACAGGAAUUCAGUUUCGCUUUCGCAAUUAACCAGACUGUACCAGUUCUUAUUAGCAUUCUGAUUGUGAUGACGGGAAAAUAUCUCGAGGAUGAAUGCUCGCAUACAGAUCUAUUUCCUGCAUAUCUAUUUUUCAACCCUCCACCUUUCUAUGUACUCAAAGAUUUUCUGAAACAACAGUAUGCUUGGAUCUGGUUGAUUUGGCUGUUCUCCCAAGUAUGGGUUACAAUGCACAUAUGGAAUCCUAAAUGUGAAAAACUCUCCAAAACGGAGAAACUGUUCAUGAAACCAAUGUACGAUGCGUUCCUCAUUGACCAAUCAGUUUGUAUGAACAGGAGAAGAAACGACAGUACUUUGCAGGCAGACAAAAUGGAAGAAGCUACAAACCCUAAAGUCUAUGUAUGUGCAACCAUGUGGCAUGAAAAUGAAGAAGAAAUGCAGACCUUCCUCAAAUCCAUAAUGAGACUUGAUGAAGACAAUUGUGCACACCAUAUAGCAAAAUAUCACAUGCAUGCUGAUGUACCCACCUUUUACGAACUGGAAUGUAACAUAUUUUUCGACGACGCUUUCAUACGAAAGAAAAUGAAAGAUGAGAAGAAAAUAGAUAACGAUCCUAUGCUGAACAGCUAUGUAUUGACACUGUUUUCCCAACUUACGAAAGCAGCUUCAGAUGUUCAUGGGGUGGAUAUGGAAUUGAGGCCACCAAAGAUAUACUCUACUCCUUACGGGGGUAGAAUUGUGUGGACACUUCCCGGUAGAACGAAACUGAUUGCACAUUUGAAAGAUAAGGCCAAAAUCAGGGCUAAGAAGAGAUGGUCCCAAGUGAUGUACAUGUAUUAUCUUCUAGGUUAUAGGCUAGUUCCAGAAAUGAAACGGGGUAAGGCCUCUUCGAAGAAUACAUAUAUUCUUGCGUUAGAUGGAGAUAUCGACUUCAAGCCAGAAGCUAUGCACCUUCUCAUAGAAUACAUGAGGAAGAACAAUAAACUAGGAGCAGCCUGUGGCAGAAUUCAUCCGGUUGGGAGUGGGGCUAUAGCUUGGUAUCAGGUCUUUGAAUACGCUGUAGGUCAUUGGUUGCAAAAAGCUACAGAGCACGUAGUUGGGUGUGUCCUUUGCAGUCCUGGUUGUUUCUCUCUCUUCAGAGCUGAAGUACUCAUGCAGGAUCGGGUUAUGAAAAAAUACACUUCGAUAGCAAAUCUAGCUAGGCAUAGGGUGCAAUAUGAUCAAGGGGAAGACAGAUGGUUAUGUACCCUUAUUCUACAAGCUGGCUAUCGUGUCGAAUAUUCAGCAGCAUCGGACUCCUAUACUCAUUGCCCAGAAGGUUUUAAUGAAUUCUACAAUCAGAGAAGAAGAUGGAUACCCUCAACCAUGGCUAAUAUAAUCGACGUACUGAGUGACUACAAGCAUAUUGUCGAAAUUAAUGACGACAUUAGCAUGAUAUACAUAUUCUACCAGGUGGUUUUGUUGAUUGGUACAGUGAUAGGACCUGGAACCAUUUUCAUGAUGUUGGUUGGAGCAGCCGUAACAGUUUUUCAAAUGGAUCAAUGGACAAGCUUUCUGGUUAACUUAGUGCCAAUUCUAAUAUUCAUUUUCACGUGCGCUUUAUUCAAUGACAAAAUACAGCUCAUGGUUGCCGGAAUCCUCAGUAGUAUUUAUGGAUUGAUAAUGAUGGCAGUGAUGAUAGGAGUCUUACUGCAGAUACAUGACGACGGUGUCUUGGCCCCUAGUUCACUUUUCUUCUUUUUCAUGUUAUCGGAGUUCUUUGUUGCUGCCAUACUUCAUCCUAAAGAGUUCUAUUGUCUCAAAUAUGGAAUCAUAUAUUAUGUCACAGUGCCGAGUAUGUACAUGCUUUUGAUGAUUUUUUCAGUUUUUAACAUGAACAAUGUAAGUUGGGGGACAAGAGAUAUAACAACAGUACCUGAACAAGUUCCACAAGAAGAGAAGAAAGAAUCUGCCACUGGAGAAAAGAAAAAAGAAGGAUUUUUCGCUUUUCUCGAGGAUCAAAAAGACAAAAUAAAAGAGGAAGGAUCUUUAGGUAUUGCUUGCUCAGGAUUAUUCAACUGUCUUUUCUGUACACACCCCAGUGAAGAAUAUGAAAAAUUGAUAGCCAUCAAAGUAACUCUUGAAGAAAUCAAUAGAAAGUUGGGAAUCAUUGAGCACAAACGAAUUCUAACAGAGCAACCUGUAAAGGUGGAAGCAACUACAGAAAAGGAACCAUCAGAUGAUUUCGUCAUGAGCAAUAGUUGGUUUUACCAUAAGGAGAUCAUGAAUGGACAAGUUGAGUGGCUAGAUGAUAGAGAGGAAAAAUUUUGGCAUUCCCUCAUAAAGGAAUAUCUGUCUCCUCUGGAUGAAUCACAUAAACAGAAAGCAAUAACACAAGAUCUCAAGAACCUUCGGGACAAAAUGGUUUAUACCUUCUUUAUGAUCAAUGCUCUCUUCGUUUUAGUGAUAUUUAUACUCACUUUGAAAAAGGACAUCAUCCAUCUUAACUGGCCCUACAACCCGAAAGUCAAUUUCACUUAUGUGGAUAAUGAAAACGAGGUACGAAUAAUGAAAGAUUACCUCCACCUAGAACCCAUUGGAUUCGUAUUUCUGAUUGGUUUUGGAGGAUUACUCAUAACACAAAGUAUUGGAAUGUUUGUUCAUAGAUUUUCAACAUUUUCUCAAAUAUUAUCCAACACUGUAAUAGAAUGGAACAUACUGAAGAAAGACUUGAGUAAUGACCCAGAUGCUCUUAAAAAAGGUGUGACUAAGGAAAAUGCAGUUAGAAUUGCGAAACAGUUGCAACGGCUCUAUGAGGUGAACAAGAGUAAAGAUGAAAUCGAAAAUGAAAAAUUACCAGCUGGAAAGAGAAAAUCUGUGAUUAUGACAGCUUUACCGAACAAACAGAAGCAACGGAUAUUCGAUCUUGUGAUAGCUUAUAAAGCCAAAAUGAAGAUGUAUGAUGACGAAGAUUUCCAGGGUCCAGUAGAUAGAAAAACGGUUCAAUACAUAAAAAGGAAGCAUACGCAAAUUUUGCGACAGUCCAGAGUAAAUUUCCAAACACCAUCAUCUAGCAAGGACAAUCAACCAUCAAUGUAUGAGAUAUCCGGUGUAGAUGCAGGAGGGACGACUAGUUGAUGAUAAUUUUGGACUAUUUCUAAUAAUUUAAGAUUGUUUCUAAUAAAAAUACCCGA